AUGUCUCCUGCUACCGAUAUCGUUGUGCUCUCUUCCUCGCCGGAGCGCAAUGCAAUUUGCCCUCCACCACAGCCAGUGAGAGAUGCGGGAAAUGGUUCACUUAAUGAUGGUCUUCCAUCUCCGUUAGUUUCGCCCUCCGAACCGGCUCGACCUCCGACGCGCUCUAGGUACUUCGCGCCCCCGAAGUUCAAUCAGCCGGCAACAAAAGAUAGGACAACGGAGGAUGCACGUACGGCGAAGCAGACAGUAACAGAGUCGGAUGUGGGGAAUAAACCAAAACGAACAAGAGCGAGAAAGCCUCAAAAUGGACCACAGGCGGACGCAUGCGACUUGGAACAGGCUGUUUUGGAAAACAAUGAGAAUGCGCCGACGAAACCUAAGAGAACAAGGAAAAAGCUGGCGGAUAGCGGAAGCGGAGGCGAAAAAUUGAAAAACAAAACGAUCACCGGGAAGGUCACCAAGUCGGGAACUGUAAAGCCAAAGAAAGCCACUGUAAAGUCGGUCGAUUGCGACCUAGCCUCAAAGCCUGCGCGCGAAGAAAGUGCUGGAAAGGGAGACAAAGAUAGUUGCGAAGAGGGUUUACAACUAGAGCCAGCUGUCAAGAGGAGGCUGGAUUGGACACCAACGAAGGAACCUGCCAAAUCGAUCAUUGAGCUGGAGGAUAAGGAUGGCGUCGAAGGCACACAGAAUAGCCUCAGCACCUUACUUUUUGACUAUGGGUACGACGGAGCUGCUACUGUCCCUGACAGAGCCCAGGUGCUUGCGAAUAAUGGACCGACAAAGCGCCGGCGAAUAGAGCUUGUGGAUUCCAGGGUACUUCCUGCAAAGCCAAAGCCGCUAGGUGACGAUGACUCCCACAAUAGCGAGGGAGACCCAAACGCAUCCGCGACUUCCAAGUCUUCCAAACCCAGCAAGAAGUCCAAGACACGGGUUAAACGAUUGACAACUCUGACCGCUCGCGUGACAGCAUCAUAUCACGAGACAUCUACGGAUUGCUCAGAUUCUACGGGCCAAGCUGUCUCUGUAGCUGCCGAGAGCUCAGCAGCGGAUAAACCGGAGAGUCGCAAAACGAAGAAAAAAGCUGACGAGAAUUCUGGAUUCAAAAUGCCAAGGAGAAUUGUACUUUCUCCCCAGGACGCUUUGGAUUCCUUAGAUCAACAGGACCUUGUUUUUGGCACUUGUAGCCAGUUAGAGCGGGAAGGUUCUCCGACUCUAUUAAGAGACACACAGGCCGCACUUCAAGAGUCGGAGAGGGAGUCGUCGUGUGCCCUUCCGUCCCGUUCGAACCAGUGCCCAGGGCCUGCGCGCUCAUCCUCUGCCAUAUCUCGGUUUGCGGCCCCCAGAAACCUUUGGUCCGCUGCGGCUAGAGAUACCGAAGAGUCACUGGUAGACGUUGAGGUUGUCGAUCUUGUUGACUCACCUGAAGCUUCCAAGGUUGCUGCUCCACCUGCUCAUGAUAAAAUAGAGAAAGUUGAUCAAACCAGAGAUGCUGGUGAAUCUAGUCACUCAAGCGAUGUAUCACGGACGGAUGAUUUGGCGUUAGAUAAUGCACCUGUCAACAAGGAGCCACCUGCAUCUACCGCUCAAAUCGUUGAAAAACAACUGACGCGCAACAAGCCGAAGCAGAUGCCCAAUUACAAUGGAAAGACCGACGUUCAAUUGGCACAGGCGAUCCAGAAAUAUGGAUUUAAAGCGAUUAAGAAUCGCAAGAAGAUGAUCGAGGUUCUUGAGAAAUGCUGGGUUGCUCAGUAUGGACCAGUCACCCAAGAAGGCCAUCAUGAAUUGCAAGCAAAAGAAACAACCACCACAAAAUCUACUGCCACCGCUGAAUUUCAACCAUCGAAGAUCCAGAAAAGGCCGGCGAAGCCUAAAGAAUCUUCUCAAAAGAAGCCAAAACCACAACCCCAAUCUCAGCCAAGCACUUCUCAGCAAAGGGAGGAAACUAAUGAAACCACAAUUACGACCAACGAGAGCAAAAAGACGCCCACUAAACCAAAGUCUCAGCAAAGUAGCCUACCGACUCACCCAGUUCAGACGGAAUGUGACAGCCAACCACCACCAAAGCGCUCUUUCGCCGACGUUGAAGAAAUUCAAGAUUCGGAAGACGAGCUCCUACCAUCGCCAAGCAGGAUAUUCGACGAACUAUUCUCCAACAUACGGCCAAAAGAGGCAAGCAAGAAGCAAGAACUGCCUACGUCUACCAUACCCUCCAGUCCAAGCAGCCCGUCUCGGAAAGCCAAAGACACACAAACAAUUAGUCUUGCUUCAGCGAGUAGCAACCGCAAACUUCCUGACCUGGGCGAACAAAUAACAAGGGCCGUUCGUGCCCAGCCACGGCAGAGCCAGAGUCCUGUCGGGGCAAGAAAGCGGCCUAGUUGGCAUGAGAAAAUUCUAAUGUAUGAUCCUAUCUACCUCGAAGAUUUCACAAGGUGGUUGAACACUGAGGGCUUUAAUCUCGUCGACGAGGAUAGAGAGGUUGGUGCGGGUUUUGUUCGCGAGUGGUGUGAGAAGAAGGGGAUUUGCUGCUGUUAUAAGGUGAAGAAGAACGCUGGUCAUUCUUAG